AUGCGAACAAUAUAUUGGGGUCGAUGUUCUUUAGUAUCAAAAAUUUUAUUAACUUUAUUAUUUGGUAUUAUUAUUGUGACAUUACAAUUGUAUGUAAAACAUAUGAAUAUUAUUUCAAUUGUUUAUGAUACCUCAAUUAAUUGUCAUGAAUUAAAAAAAAAUUCUUUAAUUGAAUCAUCAUCAAUUCCACCUGAAUAUCUAUUAAUUCCAUAUCGUGAAUUUGUUUUACGUACAUCAAUAUCUUGUCGUUCAUUUAAAUUUGAUGAACCAAAAAAAAAAUUAUCUGAAUUUCAUCCAAAAUUUUCUCAAUAUUUACAUGGAACAUUUCCAAUUGUUAUACCAUAUUCAAAUAUAACAUUUGAUGAUGUAGAAAAUUUUUAUACACAAAUUUUAAUAAAAAAACAAAAUCAAACACAUAUUCAGAAAAUAUCAUUUGCUUCAAAUAUUACAUUUGAAAAUAUACCAUAUCGAUAUGAAAAUGGAAUGUGGUAUCCUAUUGAAGUUACAUCAUCACAACGAACUGCUAUACUAGUACCAUUACAAGGUCGAGAUUAUAAUGCUAAAGUUUAUCCACUUGGUUCUCGAUUUAAUAAAGGUCGAUUAUAUAAUGCUGGAAUUCGUUAUAUUGAACAACAAUCAUUAAAUAUUACAUGUCUUAUAUUACAUGAUGUUGAUUUAAUACCUGAAAAUGAUGGAAAUUUUUAUUCAUGUGAAUCUAGACAUCCAAAACAUACAACAACACGUGUUCGACAAUUAAAUAGUACACAUCGUUAUGCACGUUAUUAUGAAUUUUUAAUUGGAGGAGUCCUUCUAUUAACAUUAGAUAUGUAUAAAUCAGUAAAUGGUUUUUCAAAUUUAUAUUGGGGUUGGGGUGGUGAAGAUGAUGAUUUAUCAUUAAGACUUAUUCAACGACGUAUGUGUGUUGUACGACCAAGUUAUGAAUUAGCUAUUUAUACUGCAUUACCUCAUCCAAAAGGUCAACGUAAUGGUGCUCGUUUUCAAUUAUUAGCAUGGUCAACUGUUCGUCUUAAUGCAGAUGGUUAUAAACAAAUUGAUUCAAUGAUACGUAUUGUUGAUAUACGAAAAACAUCAACUGUUAUUCAUCUUAAAAUAGAUGUUGAUGCUAAUCAAAGUUUAUAUAAACCACCAUCGAAGAAAAAUUUUUUAUCUUCAUUUAAUGAAACUUAUGAUUAUAUAACAACAACUAGUAAAACUGUAACAACAACAACUCCAACAGUUUUACAAACUACGCCGUUAUAA